AUGGCCCUGCGGACCGGUGAGACCCCGAUCGGGUCGCUCUCCAUGCUGGGCGAACGGCAUACGGAUCCGGGCACCUCGUGGCCACUGGCUUCGCUCAGGCAGCUCAAGGCCAAGAACGUGCAGCAGGGAGACGGGGCAGACCCAGACAUGGGCACCCGCAGCUACGACGUGAGGAGGGCAUCCAGUGGAUCCAGGAGCACGACAGCAGCGAGUCUGAUUCCGAGGACCAGGCGACCACACGGGAUUCGCGGCAACGCCGCCGCUGGGGCGGCGGCGGGCAGCUCCGCGAGCGCGGCGGGGCGAUCGGCCAGCCCAGAAGUCCAGGAGCGGCAGACCGACCCGGGACCCGGGACGUCGUGGCCGAUGACCUCGCUCAGACACAUGAAGGCGGCCUCCAAGAACUUGCCGCCAGUCUCGAGCUUCGGAGACGGAGGAGACUCAGACUUCGGCACCCGCAGCGACACGUUCAGCACGUUCCGUGCGAGAAGGGGAUCCACAUCGAGCCUGUUUCCGAGGAUCUCAUCCAGCGGGGCGCUGGACAUGCCGUCGAGGCGGAAUUCCAUGCCCGACGUCGGCAUGGUGCCGGAGAGAGUGGCCGGCCCUGACAGGCUGCAGUCGAACUCGCUGCUCCGCUGGAGCUCCCUGAACGACUCGCAGGCCCAGACUCAGAGGAGCCUCUCCGACGCCGUCAGCCGCAGCUUUGGCGCUCUCCCGACGGUGGGCAGCAGGUUCCCCUCGCCGCCGCAGAGCAAGGGCCCAGCCGACCUGCCGCGAAGCUCGAAGCGGCGGACAUCCUGGUCGACCGAGCUGGUGCCGCUCUAUGAGGCCGGCGCGGAGUGCAGCGACAGGACUACGAAGACCAUCUCGGGCUUCAUCGGCCCUCCGAGCCGUGCCUCCUCGGGUGCGGCGUGUUCGGCGACCCCUGCGGGGAGCAAGGAGCGCAAGGCGGGCAUCGGCUUCGGCCUCGACCGGCCGUACAACGAGAAUCGGGAGACGUUCUCGACGUGCGCGCCCAGCCCGGUCGCGUCCGAGAGCGACGGAUCCCAGGCGUCCGAAGACACGGAGCUGCAGGUGCCUCUCGCGCCCACGUUGCUCGAGGUCUACGCCGGCUACGCGGACGAGGAGGUAGAGGUUCACGACAGGUUCAUGUCCUUGGCCUUCAAGCGCUUCGCGGUUUACGGGGCCCACGAGGUUACGCGCGAGCUCUUGCACGACGCUCUUAUCCACAUGGGUUUUCUGACCAGCACGAAGCAGCGAUCUCUCUACUUGGCCACGCAGCUUUCCAAGUUUCAGAAUUUCGACUACAUGGACUUCGUCGGGUACGUGAGCAGGGUCGCCGUCCUCGAGCGCAACGCGAUCCGCCAGCGCGCGGGCGCGUGCCUGUCGGAGCUCCCCGACGGCGACGACGACGGCGCGGCGGCACUCGACCGGGUGCAGCAGUUUCUGCGCUCCGCCGGCGUGUGCUUCCCGUACAGCCACGUGGAAAAGAUGCGUAAGGCAGCGAGGUUGGAUGACAAAAGGCCGAAGGACAUGAGCACCAACGACCCGACCUCCUGUUGA